AUGGGUUUAGCCGAUUGCAAACCUUGCCAGGUUCUAAUGGAAGCUAGACUGAAACUGAGCAAAAUUAAUAACAGUCCACCUAUAGAUGCAACUCUGUAUAGGAGUAUAAUAGGCAGCUUGAGAUAUUUGGUAAACACAAGACCUGACUUGGCAUAUUCAGUUGGUUUUGUUAGCAACUACAUGAAAGCACCAAUUACAGCACACAUGGCUGCAGUUAAACAGAUUCUGAGAUAUGUGAAGGAUACAAUCAAUUAUGGAUGCUACUAUACACAUAAAAAAGAUUCAGGUUUGAAGCUGAUAGGAUAUAGUGACAGUGAUUUUGCAUGUGAUAUUAAUGAUAGAAAGAGCAUUACAGGAGUGAGCUAUUUCCUUAGGGAUAAUCCAAUUACAUGGGUGUCACAAAAGCAAAAAGUGGUAGCUUUAUCGUCUUGUGAAGCUGAAUAUAUGGCUAGGACUGCUGGUGUGUGUCAAGGAGUAUGGCUAGCAAGACUAUUGAGUGAGAUGCAAUGGAAGAAGCAAGACAGCGUGGUGUUAAAAAUUGACAACAAGUUUGCCAUUGCAAUCACCAACAAACCCAAUUCAUCAUGA